ACUUUAAGCGCGGCUGUUUGUCAUGUAGGUUCACUGAAGUCCAGACAAUGCGCUCGCGGUGAAGUUUGCCAAUGAUAGAGUCCUUGGUGAGGUCGCGUCGCAGUGCACACUGCCUGUUUGAAACAGCUGCUUCAGUGUGUUAGGAGGAGCAAAAGUCAUGGACGAGACGCGUCUCGCGGUGUGUUUUCUAUCCUUCCUGACACUCUGUCUUGAUUUGGGAUUCACUUUCGGACAAAAUAAAGACACCGAGUUCACUUUCCUUCUGCCUGCUGGAGCAACCGAGUGCUUCUUCCAGACGGCCACCAGGAACAGCAGCAUGGAAGUGGAGUACCAGGUGAUCGCAGGCUCAGGACUGGACGUGGGCUUCACUCUGAUCUCCCCCCGAGGGUACAGACUGGUCUCAGACUUUAGAAAAUCUGACGGCAUCCACACUGUUGAAUCCACUGAGGAGGGCGACUACAGGAUCUGCUUUGAUAACAGCUUCAGCCGUAUGUCGGAGAAGAUGGUGUAUGUGGAGGUGAUCAUGGAUGGACCAGAAGGAGAGGAUGAGGAUGAUGAAGACUGGGCUGCGCUGGCUGAACCCGAGGACUCAUUGGAGUACAAACUGGAGGAUAUCAGGGACUCGAUGGACGCAGUGCACAAGAGCCUAGAGCGAAGCCGUCAGCUUCAGACGACACUGCGGGCGUUCGAGGCUCGUGACCGAUACCUGCUGGAGGAUAACCUGUGGCGCGUCUCCUUCUGGUCCUGCGCCAGUCUGCUGGUGAUGAUCAGCGUGGCCCUCACACAGGUCUACACGUUACGCAGAUUAUUCAAUGACAAACACAAAGUUUGCACAUAGCAAAGUUGAACACUGUAACACCCAAUGCACUGCCAAUGUCAAAUAUUAAAAGGAUGGAUUCUGGACACUCUCAGGUCCGAACUAAACACUCUAUGAAAUUGUGAGGUCUUUAGAGAUAUCAGUGAAAUCUUGAAGUUGUGCUAGUUUUAAUUAGUAGAAUAUGUAGCAGUUAACACUAAAUUUACUUGAAGUACUGUACAGACAUUUGAAUGUGAAUCUAAUUUUGUACUUGACUUUUAAAACACUGCAGUUAAAAUCAUUUAUGUGACUUUUGAAAUGAAUAACAUUUGCGAGUAGAUUGGAUUAUGUGGUAUAAAUAAAAGAAAAUGCAAGGAAUAGUUUUGUUUUAAAUGGCUUUAUUAUACAGCGCAUUAGCAUCUUGUUUGAAACACAAAAUAAAUCUAGGUCGUUGGUGUUAUUUCACAUCAAUUCAUGACUAGACUAAGUUAUUACUCAGAUUCAUAACACCACUUUCAAGACUGUCGUCUUUAAUCUCUAAUGCUGAUUCAUUUUCAGUAUUUCUAAUAUUCUUCCAUCACCCUGCAACAAUAUACAAAUAUUCUCAUUAACCAAGUCAUAUUUAUGUACAACUGUCUUCAUUAUAAAAAAUACCUAUAAAUAAGUGUCCCUAGAGAGUCGCCAUUUAUCACACAUACACAAAUUUGGCACUAAGGUCACCCUUUGCAAAUCAGGAAAUUAAAUCCGACAAAGGCUGUU